AUGUCAUUGGGCAAAUCAACAGUAUAUGAUUUAAAACUUUACGUUCCAAUAUCCUCGUCGAAUAAAACUCAUCGAGUGAUUCAGUUAAGUAAUGGUUUGGUAGCACUUUUGAUCUCUGACCCUUCUGAAACUUUGGCAUCAUGUGCUGUAUCUGUUGCUACUGGGUCACAUAAGGAUCCUGUGGGAAUACCUGGGUUGGCUCACCUAUGCGAGCAUAUGAUAAUGUCUUCUGGUUCUAAGAAAUACCCCGAAUCAAAUUACUUGAAUCAGAUACUUACCAAGAAUAACGGGUCGCAAAAUGCGCAUACAACUGGUGAACAAACUAGUUUCCACUUUGAGGUGCCCAAUACUACGUCUGCUGAGUCGCUUGUCUUUGAUGAGAUUGUAGAUAUUCUUGCGGCAUCGCUGAAGGAGCCUGUUUUCACUGAAACGUUAAUUAAUAAGGAGAUCUACGCUAUCGAGAGUGAGCACGUCGGAAAUAAAACUACGCUUGAUAAAGUAUUGUACCAUGGGACUCGGUUACUUGCUAACAGCGAGCAUCCAUUCCACCGAUUUUGUACCGGGAACAUGAUUACGUUGACAAGUAUGCCGAAGCUGCAUAAUAUGAACCUAAAAGCCGAAUUAAUACGAUACUUUAAAGAAAAUUUUGUGAGUGAAAAUAUGGUGCUAUGCCUAAAGGGUUCUCAAUCUAUUAAUCAAUUGGCUAAGCUAGCGCAGUCAACUUUUGGCACUGUGCCAGCUGGAACAGCUAAUUUAGGCCAAGGGUUGAAGCUGAAGCCCUGGAGACGUAACUCACAGCCGUCUCCGCCAAAUAGUCCUACAAUUUCAAAAUCUGUGAAUGACAUGCACAAGCUUAAGGAUACCUGGCUGCCUUAUUAUUUGAAAAAAUCGGUAUUUUCUGACCUAGAACGAGACCGUGUUCUGUUAAUAAAGUCUUCGAAGACGCCUGUACUUCGAAUGAUUUUUCCAAUUAACUAUUUAUCUACUCGGUUUAGCGAUAGGGAAAUUGCGACAUAUAAAUACGCAUGGUGUGAACUGCUUGGGGACGAGAGCCAAGGUUCCCUAUGCCAUUGUUUGAGGGAAGCCAAUUUUCUAACUGAUCUAACGGCCUAUCCGUCGACCUUUGCCACAAACGAUGACGGCCUAGUAUUGCAGUUGCAUUUGACGAACAGUGGUUGGAAACACGUCUCAGAAAUCAUUCCCAUGAUUUGGGAAUACAGUAUUAAGGCCAUAAUGAAUAGUCCAUUAUCUGAACUUGGUCAAUAUUUAAGCGAGAUGAAUUCCAUGGAUUUAUUACGUUUCUUAUAUCAAGAGCUUGCUAGUUCUCCAAUGGAAGUAUGCUCUGAGUUGUGUGAUAAAUUGAUGCAGGACAUGAUGGUUUCAGAUCCUUCUUUUAUUUUAAAGUCAACUGGCGUGAAUUUUGAUUGCAACGAUCCUACUGUCUCUAGUAUUGGCAGCUAUUCUGAAUCCAAACAAUCUAAGGAGUGGUGGAAAGGUCAAGCCGUUAAAUUUCAGUCUUUCUUAAAUGAAUUCACUUCAAUUGAAAACGUCAGAUUAAUUCUUUUAGGUGAUAUACAAAAAUGUGACUUAUAUGACGAGAAUGAACAGUUGAAGACAGAUACAUACUACGACUACGAUUAUAUUAAAACAAACGUUAUUAUUCUAAACUUAAACGUUUACAGAACUGACUACAAAUUUACUAUUCCUGCUCGUAAUCCGUUCUUGGUUCCGGUAGGGCACAAGCUGUCAUUCAUUAAAGAAGCAUUAGCAGUGUCAUCACUACAGUCUGAAGUUGCUUCUUUAGCAAUACUGACAAGCUCUGAAUUAUUGAAAACCUCACCAAAACUGAUUGGUAAAAGCCAGUUCUAUGAGCUUUGGACUAAAGAAGAGGAUCUAAACCUAUCUUUCAAGUCGAAAAGCAUAGUAAGCGUUGAAUAUAUUAAUACAAAUAUCAAACCAGCGCCUCUUCAUACAAUGCAAUUGGAGAUUUUUGGUCAAUUACUUCAUGAAAUAUUAGCUCCUACGCUAUACCCAGCAGAGCGCGCUGGUUACACGUAUGAACUAGCACUGUCAUCUAAAGGCGAUGUCAGAUUUGGACUCACAAUAUCCGGUUUCACUGAUGGUGUGGUUGGCAUUCUGGAAUUAAUAGUUACCACGAUGGUUCAAAUUGCCAAGGGUAAGAGAUUAGUUUCCCGAGAAACCUUCAGGAAGGCCAGGGUAAAAGUUAGAAACAAGUACGAGGCCGCUGCAAGUGAAAAUUGUGCAACUUUGGCAAGCUUAGGGCUAUUAAUUGUACUAGAAGAGUGUAUGUGGAGUUUAGAGGAUAGGUUAGAGGCUUUGGAAGUUGCUGACAUGGAUUCCUUCUAUGAAUUCAUGGAGAAAUUUGUUGAAGGCGAGAGUUAUCUUAACUUGAUGAUUCAAGGUUCUGACAUUUCGAUCGCAGACAAAAUUAACAUAUAUUUAGAUCAACACCUUACGCAUCACUUAGCUAAAGAGGGACGUGGUACUAAUAUUCUCGUUGAACCAAGCACUUACAAAAUUCCUGAUGGAAGUAAUCUUUGUGUGAAGAGGAAAGGAUUCGACGAUGAUCCCAACAACAGCAUAGUAUAUUUUAUUCAGACAGGAAGCAGAGACGACAUUUACGCUUUUUCUCUAACUGCCUUCACGGAGUUCGUUAUGCAUUUAACAUUGGUUCCAGACCUACGUAGUAAGAAGCAAAUAGGGUAUUUGGUUUUAGGCGGAGUUAGAGUAUUAUCCGAUACGGUGGGACUACACAUUACUACUAUGGCAAGUACUCCUCCAGAGUUCCUGGAGAUCAAAAUUGAAGAAUACCUUGCCUACCUCGAGUCUUAUCUAUCAAAACUAUCAACCGAGCAAUUCAAGACCCAAUUUGUACAAGAAUACGUCCAAUUAAUCAAAAGUAAGUCUACUCACAAGAUAGAGAAAACUUCCGGUCCUUCAAACCUUAUGGCCCACAUAGAGGCUAAUGUACGAAGUGGUCUUGUAAACACAAGCGUUGCAAUGAAAAGUCAUAAGCGCCUCCGCAAUCAAAUCACUUAUAGGAGUUAUAAUUUUGAAGACGAUGAUGAGCCAGUUAACGAACGGGUCAUAAGUUCGCUGACACUUCUCAAAUAUCUGCAGUUUUUCCAAGAAAAGAUCAGCAUAAGGUCUAAAACACGAGCAAAACUAUCUGUAAUGAUAUCCAGUCCCAUGACAAAAGAAGCAAUUGAGAAUAAAAUGAUGUUCCUCCAGCUUGAGUCUUUCUUAAAAAUAAAAGGUUUCAGCAUUUCUAGUGAAAAAUUAAAAGAUAUUUUAGAUAAAACAGAAGGAAAAUCUACUGCUUUGUUUAAGGAACUUUUCGUAUACUUUCGAUCUCGAGGGGAAAGUUUGAAAUUGUGUUCGGUAGUACUAAAGGAAGUGGUGAAACAAUUAGUUAGGAAUUCACCAUCUGGCGAAGAUAAGGUAGCGGUUUCAGCAGGUACGUCAGGAUCACUACACAGAAUGAGUCAAAAUGUGGUUUCUGUUAUUCCCUUAGUAGAAAUCACUGAUGUUAAUACAAAUCGCAUUUAG